AUGUUGAAAGCGAGAAAAAUAAUUUCAAGUUUAAUACCCUCCGGUAGGUAAGUAUUCAUCGAAAGCGAAGUUUAUAGCCAGAUACGAGUCUUGCCGAAGAAAAAUCGAUUGAACACCGCGUGACGUCACGUACGUGUUUACACGCCUUCGGAGCCCGGAACCUAAUUCCACUUAGUGCGAGCACAAAAUUCAGGAUUUGGAUGAAUGAAUUGAAUAUUUUUCUGGCCCAUGUGCCUGCAUUUUGCCCAAGGUUAAUGCAAGCAUAUUAUGUACAGCCUUAUAAAAGGCUAUUUAUCGAGGUAAGGAAUUUUUAGUAGCCUUCUUUGAGUUACUAUCCCGUUCCUGAGCGACUUCUGUUGACUAGGUUAUGUUGUGGCUAAAAUUUAGUAGUUAAGUAUGUAGACAGGUAACUCUGUUCAUCAAUUUGAAUUUCAAUUAUCUUUCUAGUUCGAACGUAGAUGAGGAAGAACACGACUCAGUUUUUGCUGAGGAAGUUGUACGAUCCCGCGAGCUCAAAGCAAAACGAACUACUUUUCGUUCGUCAAGAAGCAAGUCCGAGAGCAGUGCUGUUUCUGGCGAUUCAGCCGCUAGAUAUCUGUCGUGGGAGAAUGUGUCAUUCUUAGGACACGAGUUGAGGAAAACGGUUAGAAAGGGGUUUCACUGGUUGGCAUACCCUUCACUUGGUGAGGACCAUGAGAAGUAGUUGAAUUGUCAAUGCUGCAACCUGCGUUGCGAAGGUCUUCACUUGGAGAGCAGGCAAUUUUUACGAUUAGACAAAAAUUCAUUCAGAUAACCGUUCGCGAAAGAAUGAUUUUAUCUGUGCAUUCUCAACUAAAAUUUUUCGCAUUUGCAGUCUUGUUCUCUAAUUUAACAUCUAGAUAUACUAUUUUUUCCUAGCAUGGUUCGAGAACUCUCGUGUUUAGAGAAUCGAGUGUGACUUAGCUUUGUUUGACGCGAAUGAAUCAUGCGGAUAUUGAAACGACGUCGUAAACUAUGCUCUGUGACAACGCGGAACAUCAUCGUUAAAUAUGUGAACAUCGUUGCCUCGAUAUUUUUUAUAAUUAUUGUUGGUAUAAGUGAUAUGGAUUAAUAAUUCACAAAGACGAGAUUUGUUUUCAUUCCCUCUCGUGUGAGAGCAGCAAGCUUCGUGGUUUCAAUGGCUUCGCUUUUGUUAUAAGAUGUUGUCAUUAUUCAGCCAACAAAACCCUGCUAUUGUUCAGAAUCAUUUGAAACAACUUUCAACCUCGCAAUAUGGGGGUAGAUCUUUAAUUCUGUGGCAGAAAUCUGUCAGAUUUACUGCUUAAUGGCGAGUGACAGUUAAAUUUUAACCAUCGAGAUGAAAUCGUAUCCAUUUUGGAAUUACUUUAAUUGUAGCGUUUUUUCGCUCUAGAUCACUUUUACUCAGAUUUGUACCGCUCUUGAAGCUAAAGUUACGUAUUUGAAAAUCUUCGAUUUUUUUCCUCUGUCUUAAAAUAUUUCUUGCCCCUAUAGAUAGCGAAAUGUCGUUUAAAGUUAAAAAGCCAGCCCCUCUCGGAACUAAGGAAUAUAUGGUGAGUAGACAACGGUUAUAAUUGACUACAGUUGUUUUAAAUUUUUCAUUCAUAUGCUAUAGCAUAUGCUUAAAAUGGUUAAAAUUUAGAAAAACAACAUUUAUUAUUUGAGCUUUAUUACGCCGUGGAGGUAAACAGAAACAAUUAAUUUAUUUUACUCGAGCAAUGUGCUAUGGCUGCGUGAUAUUAUAACUUAACUUAAAUUGUUAUGGCAAUGUUGGACUCCCUCAGGACAAAUAAGUACCUCCAGUCGACAUUCUCCAUCUCUUUGGUCAAGAUCUCUGAUUUUCUUAAGCUUCAACAGUUCUACAAACAAUUCAGUGGAUAUGUUCAUGUCCAUGUACAGUACUCUAUAUCUGUUGAAUUUUGUUUUUAAUGAAACUCACAUUUGAAUAAUUAUUAUCAUUUAAUUGGCAUUUCAUGCCAUGAUCAGUCAUGAACAAGUGGAUGUAUUUGUAUAAGUUCCAUGCAGCAUUUUAACAACUUUCUUCCUUGUGUAUUAAUGGCAAUGGAAGUAGAAUCUUAGGCAUCAGGCUUCACUCUUUUCCCCUCUGUAUUGCUGCUUUGAAUAAUUUAAAUAUAAUUUUUUAUAGAUACUAGAUCUGCACCUGUCAUUAGUACCUUGAAAUAAUUUUGCUAUCAAGGUGGUAUGGCAAGUUUCUCUAAAUCUUACUUUCAGAUUUCUUUCCUGCAAAUUAACUGCAUUUUCAUUUUUGUUCUCAGGUUGAUACCAAUGACACACUGGCAAAGAUUGCUCUAACAUUUGACACCACUCCUUCGGAGUUGACUCGUAUCAACAAGCUGUCAUCUCGCAUGCUUUUUCCAGGCCAGGUAAGCAAUUUAUAUUUACAGGGACUUGAUAUCUAAGUGUGCAAUAGUAAAUUUUUUUUUCUUCAGUGUCUUGGUAGGCAGAAAUCUUUACCCCCUGACUGCCAGCCCCACUGAGAAGCCCUGUGCUAUUGCAAAUUGACUUUUUUUUUGGAAUUCUGACCUUUUUUGAGUUUGAGAUGCCAGGUUCUUUUUCCAUCUCUAGUGCUGGGGAUUUGACUGUUAUUCUUUAACUUUUGAUAUAGCAAGUAAUCUGGAGGCAAGCAAACAGCAAAUAUUACUUCAUACUUGGAGCAUCAUGCAGGCAGUGAAGGGGUUAAAUUGUGAAAUUUGAUCAGCUAAUUGUGCACUUUUAGCUAAACCAGCUUUUUACAAUAUAGACUGGAAUAUCUUCCCUAUACAAAACUCCCGUCCAAAAAUAACAUAUAGUAAUUUAUAUGGAGUUCUCAUAAACUUUUGUCCCAUGGUAAUUAUAAAUAUAAUAGACUCUAAAAAGUAUUUAAAAUGAAUGCAAUGUUGCUGUGCACUGUAUAUAACGUCUUUUUAAAAGCUACACGUACACACUAGACAACUGAAUACAUGUACUGCAAAGUCCCAGGCCUUAUACAUGUACAUGUACAUGUACAAUAUUAUAAAGGCUUUUGAGUGGGUCUUUAACUAUACAGAGCUCAGGACACUGGUAAGGCACAAUAUAAGUCUGUACUGCACAGAGUACACAGUACCUUGCUCUAACACUCUAACAUGUGAUCAUGAAGUCUGACCAUGACAUGUGGGCAUGUAGUCAAAUCAUUUGCAGCGUAACUUAAGCCAAUAACAAAAGUACAUGUGUACUGAACGUUUGCGAUUCCAGUUCUACUCUAUAAGGUUGUCAACUAUCCACAGCAGGGGCUUUAGCAACUUAGUUUCAUAGUUAGCUGCUGAUACAUGUAGUGUAAUAAUGAUGUAGGCAGCUGUGCUUGGUAAAGGGACUGUUGGGUAAAACCCAAACAAGAGCCUUUUUCAUGUGCUAAAGAGAUGGCAGAAAGAGAUGGAAUAAGAAUCAUCUUGUUGGCAACAGUGAACUGCUGGAAAUCUGCCUUUUUUUUAAAUCCCUGCAUUGUAUCCAAGGCUUAGGAAAAAAUUAAUGACUUCACUGUUCUAUGAAUAUUCCUAGUAAUAAUUAUUUUAAAUGAAAGACAAAAUUUCCAAGAAUGAAUUGGAGGCUUAUGGGUCUUCUGUAAAUCAAUGGUAUCAUCAAUUUAAGUAGUGCAUUGAAAAAAGGGUCCUUGGUGCCUUGCUAUAGACUGCAAGAUUCUCAUUCCAUGCUGUACUGCUUUCUCUGAUGAAACACAGGCAGGCAUUGAUGUUGCAUUAAGUUACUUUAUUUCAAACAUCCUUUCAUGUCAUGUUUCACCUCUAAGUCUUAAAAUUCAAUUGAAAGAAGGCACCUUCAAAAGAACGUAAUUAUUCUGCACUGAUGUUAAUCCCAUAUAAGUGCUGUUUUUGGAAAAUUGCCAGCAGUAUAGUUAAAUCCAGGCAUGUGAACUUUACCAGACUGGAAACCCAAGGAAACAAAUCUUUCUGAUUACUUCACCCUCAUCUGGUAAACAGUUUUAGUGCAUAUUGUUUUUGGUAUGAGCAUAAUGUUUCCAAGACACAUUAUUAGCACCUUUGUGCUAGUAGAAAUGUCCUCAUUUGGAAGUGCCAUAUCCAAAUUAAAGUUUAAGGGGAAGUUGAAAGCAAGCAAUAAUAAUAACAUACAUGUCCUAAGGUAAGAUUAGUUUUUCCCUAGUAUUUUGCUGCUCUGUGAGUUAUUUGCUAGCUUCUUUCAGGUAAUGCAUGGUGGCAAAGUUAAUAAUUAAUGAGAGUAGGUACAUGUAGUUGAAUUAUGGGAUAGUCAUUGAGAAAAAACAAUGUGCAAAUUAAUCUGAUCACAUGUGUUGUGGACAUCUUGAUGUAAAAUAUGAUUGUAGAAUGCAUGUGGCCAAAGAUUUACCUGAAAGCCUGUCUAAGGGUAAGGUUUCUUAUGAGAUAUGCCAGGGAAUUGGUUUAACUUGUUUGUAUUGUUUCAGUGUGUGUGUUGGUUGGUAGCUUAGAUUAAUGUGAUGUAGGUUUACAAGUGCAGGAUGGUUUUUACUAAUCCUUGUUUGAACAGAGCCCUUUAAAGGGUGACAUAACAAACUAAUCCAUCUUCUCUAUUGCAAGAUGCAGUUAUGCACAGUUUAGUUUAGUGUUAGGACUCAUCUGACAAUUUCCUCUUUAAAAGUUGUAAAAUUAUAGUGAUCAACAGCCAUUUGCCAGCUUUGGUAAAUAUACCAGGUUGUUAUGAACAUUACACCAUUUCAGACAAACAAAAGCUGCCUUAUUUUAUAAUUGAAAUAAUGUAGCUUUCUAGAUUUAUGGUUAAUUCUGCUACUGUUCUAAGACAUCUAGUCUUCCCCCAGCAGUAUAAAAAUUUGGAUGAAGCAGGCGCCUAGAGAGCUCAGGGCCAUGUUUCACUAAAGUUUUCGUUCUAUCAUGAGCUCAAAUAAUUAAUUUUUUGUAUAUGUAAUUGUGAAGAAUAAUAGUGUGGGUCUUUCUAAAUAACCAGGGCAUUCUGUUUGGUUUUCAUAAUUGUUUGAUGUUCAAAGCUGUCACUGCCUUGAUCUGAGAUGAAAGCAGACAAAUAGAAAUCAGCUUUUUGGCCCAUUAAGUUACUGGGUGUUCUAAGGAACAGACUCCUUGAUCGAUUUUAAUCUCUUUUAUAAUUGCAUCAGAGCAAGAGGAAAGCAAAUUAGCUGGCACAGUGCAGAUAUAAGGUUAUACAUGCAGAUGGCUAGGGCCUUAUUGGCAGAUGAACCUUAUAGCUAAUGCAACAGAAAUAUAUCUUUCCAUGUAGGUAUAGGGAAAAAUUAAUGCAUACAUAUAUAUUACCUUAUCGUAAAGAUAGUCUUCAGCCUUAGGUUGUUCAACCUGUGACUCCCAGACGUGACUCAUAACAGUUUUGUUUUGUUCACUCCCUGGCCGAAUGAUGAUAAGAAUGGUGAAAUAGUCUAGACCUCUUCUAUAUUCCUUAAGAAUUGACUGUAGAAAUUUUGUAUCCUUUCUAGACAUUAUUUGUGCCUGACAAAAGACUGGAAAAAGGUCCAGAUGGAGAUGAAUUGACUUCUGCUCCAAUCACCAAACCCCCACAGCCACUUGUCAUCAAGGUAUUGAAUUGGCUAAAUUUCAGUGGUUCAAGUAAUUUUUUUUUUCAGAUGUGAAGAAGUUCACUUGUUUCUUUUACACUAUUCUUUGAUCUUUCUGAAUGGAAACCCCGAAUACAACGUAUGUCUGUUGUUGCUCGAGAUAGGAAGAAUGCAAAUACAUGUACAUGUAUGGUGGACUACUCUGCCAGUCAGAGUUGAGUUGCAUGAGGCUAAUAAGACCUCGGUUUUGUUCUGAGAGUGCAGCUCUUGCAUUGUUGUCAAUCUGUUAUGUCAUACAUGUAUUUUGCUAUGCCAACCAGUUGUUGUGUUCCUGAAUGCCAUCAAAAGGAAGCAAAAAUUUUCCACAGAAGAGGAGGGGUUUUUUAGUUUCCCUAUUCACCUAUGAGGAGAAACCAAUGGAUCCAUGCAACUCAGUGAGACAAAGGAGAGCAGUUUGCUAUCACAGAGGGUAUUAAAGUGUGUUCUCAACAUUUUAGAAGGAAUGCUGCACAUUGAGAAAUAAGGAGGCUGAGCAAACACUGUUAACUCACAUGUACAAGUACAAAUGAAUUGCCAAUUCUUUGUCUUGUUGUUGUCAGGAGAAUGGUGCAUCUCACAGAGGAGAGCAAGAGACAGUCAAACUCACUAAAGAUGUGUCCUGGGAAGAAGAAGAGGAAGAAGUCACUGAGCAUUAUUUGAAGAUUUAUGCAAAAUACAUCACUGAUGGCCAGGUAUGGGUGUUCUCUUGACUACAGGUUUUCUAUUUUAGGGUAUGAUUUACAGUAUUUAGUUAAUUUUAAACCCAGGAUUGCUUAACAAUUAACCUCUAACAAAAAUCCUUUUAUUAUCUUAAAAAAAAAUUAAAGAACCAUUUCAGCUCUUAACCGUUCAACUCUCGUGAGUGACCAAGACAGAAUUUCUCCUUACAAUAUCAAUUAAAUAUCAAACAUCCAAGUGAUGGGAAUGAGAAAUAUAUCGUAAGGGAUGUUUUAACUGAUCCAAUAGCAAAUUCAUCUAAUUAACAUCAUAAGAAUCGUAUGGCAGACAGUAAGGAGAAUUACUAAUAUGAUCUUGGGUGUGAAAGGUUAAUUUGCCUACAUCUAGCACCACAAUAUCUUAAAUGUUGAAUAAGCUAAUGUAAAUAUAUUAGCUGUGAAGUAGAAUUACAAUACAGAUAUUUGGAGUUAAAAGGUUAACAUUACAGAAUCUUUAGAUACAAGUAGAACAAGCGAUGAAUGUGAAAUGUGUAAACACUUCACUGGAAUCCCUUUCUUAACACUUUCUGCAUUCCCUGCUAAUUAACCCUUUAACAGCCAAGAUGUGAUUGUUAACUCUCCUCCUCUAGCUGCUACACAUUUCCUUGUAAAUCAGUCAUGAGAAUUUAGUGUUAGAUCAAGAUAUCAACCUCUACCAGCUGAUAAGUUGGAGUUUUCUCAAUACCUGUUUGAAGGAUAAUGUAUGAAUAUUAUAGGGAGAAGUUCAAUGUUAAUCACUUCUGGGAGUUAAAGGGUUCAGAAUGUACUAUGCUAUACCCAGAACUUGAAGGCAUUUGCCAGUUGAGCUGUAGAAAUAUCAUUCCAAAAAUACAACAAAGUUGACCCAGUCUUGAAUAAAGACUUACUGACUUACUACUCAACAUUUCCCAUGUAGGGUAUCGCAAAUGGUGUUCUUCUCAUCACACCUCAUUCAGUCAUGUUCAAGCCGAACGUGUCAGACCCACUUGUGAUGGACAGAGGACUGGACAUAUAUGGUGUAGGGACGCUUAUGACAUCUGUUACAAGUGCUGCCAUGUACACAGACAUUGCUGCCAUGGCAAUUCAUGACCCCCUUAAACCUGGAAAGUAAGUGCAUGUACUUUCUCUUCGUAAAAAAGUUACAUGUAGCCUCAGAGGUGAUGGUUUUAUUAAGUUCGUGUUGCUCUUCAGCCCCUCGCACCCUAACAUCAAGAUCCAUAUUCUCCUUACUCUUCUCCAUACUUUCCUUUGGUACUGACAAGGAGAAUUUGUUUAACGAUCAAAGUUUCGUAGGUUGGCGAUUUUCCUUUAUUCUUUUGGUCUUAUUCCAUGAUUCAGCUGUGUUACUGUGAGGAGAAAUCAGUUGCUGGUCACUAAGGGUUUAAGGGUCAAAGACAGUAUACAUCGCUUCAUGUGUUACCUCUGAACUCUAAGAUUGCAGAAAAAGACUUAAAAAUUUUCUUUUAUCAUUUAAACGUAUUUGUUUGAACCUCAACGCUCAAUCACUGGUUUUCUAAGAUUUACAAUGUAAAAGUCAAGUCCCAACUGAUAGCGCAAUUUUCACUUCAGUGUCAAAACAAAACCAUUGGUUUUGCCUUACUUCACUCUGUGAUUGGUCCAAAAGAUUCAAGACAUUCCCUCGACCAAUCAGAAUUAAAACUAAACCCAAUCACGACUUGGUCGCCUGCGUUUUCCCGCGCUCUAGGCAGUGUGGUUGCUUUGACUUUUGGUUUGAUUUUACGAAGCUUAAUCAGAAAGCACUCUUUAAUGCUUGUGUUUCGAUAAACUGCAGUUGGAAAAUGGUUGAAAUUACUGAGAACUCAAGUGUAUUUCUUUUUCAAUUUGUCAGGUUUUACUUAGAUGCUGCCACAGCAGAAUCACUAAGUCGUCAAAAUAGCAUCGACACAGAAACUGCACCUCUUACAAUAUGUAAAAAUGGCAGUAAAGUUUGUACAAAUCUGGAUGAGGACACGGACCCGUUGUCAUCAGUUGAUAUCUCACACAUUUGCGCGUGCAGUGUUUCAAACUUUCUUCCUGUAUCAACUGAUGAGGAUGUGAAAAAUGCUGUUCGGGAAAUUAUUGAAAAAAUUGUUAAUCAAGUCGCUGAUUCGGAGAAUAUUCACCAUCUGCCAGAAAAGACAGAAAAAUCUGUAGGAACUCCAUUGCUUCUUCAAGGAAGUCCUGCAAGGGGAUAUAUGCACUCAGUGUCGCCGGCAUCAGAGGAUUCUGGCAUAGGGUGUUCUAUGGGUCAUGCGGAUGACUCCAAAGCAGUAGAACCAGAAUUGGCGGACCACGCUGUUCAUCAAGGACUGGAGAACCAGCUGAAUGAUUCUGGCGAUGCACGAAGUUCAGUGAGCAGCAAUGUAGUUGAACCUGAUGAAAAUAGACCAGAUGAAGAACAUUCGAGAAACUCUCCAGCAAGUGUCGAUAGGGAGCUUGAACAUUCACCCUCCGCGUCUUUGUUCGCUGCUUUUAGCAGUAAUGUGAGGUACUGGCUUGGACAAGAAAAUUGUGGAACAAGUGGUGAGUUCAUACUUUGUGCAGUUAGCUGGAGAUUUCGCCUUUUUACAACCUCACCGCCUUCUAAUUUGUCCCUCUCCCGGCAAAUCGGGUAGCUUUGUCAAAUAUAACUUUUUCUUUCCCGCCUUUAAUUGUCUGCCCUUGAAUAUAAUCAUGUUCAACAAGUCGGAGAUUUAGGAACAGACUGGUAAAGGUGUGAGAGAACUUGUUGUAUUUGAUGAGAAGCAAUUUUCCUUAUGUGAGCAAACUUGGAGGAGACGAACGUUUAUUGGCACAAAACACGAAAGUUCCAACCAGAAGGAGCAGCAAUACUUACGUUUUUACUCCAUUUAACUGAAAUCGACACACUGUUGGUCGAUCCAUUCAUUGUUCGCACAGUAUCAAGACCUUGACUCUUUACAGAUACUGUUUGAGAACACUCGAAUUGAAAAAUUGUUUAUGGCGUUUUGUUGGUACCUCUGUGACAUUUCAGUGUUUUUCCCAAUCAGACAACACGGUGAUCCGCUAGGGAUCAAACCUAGAACGGUUUACUUAGAGUUCAGCGCGCUGACCGUUAUGGCCCAGCGUGUCUCGCAUAAAUACUAACACUAAUUUUACUGUAGUUUUACCUGAAGAAAAUUUAGCCGGCGCGUUGGUAAUGAAUUUUCUAACUUUUUCAGAGCGCCAGGGAAAUGAGAGCGAUGAGGAUGUUUUAGUGCCGAAGCCUGCCACUUCUUUCAGCAAUCAGCCCCUCUAUCUGUGCUUGAGAAUCAGUAAGAAGCAUUGGUGUCGGCAUCAGGGCAUGUUCGGAUCGUUUCCUGAACAAGGAGAACAGCUUCAAGACAGAGACAAAAAACGAAGGGAAUACUGGUUCGCCAUCCCACCAUCAAGGUAUUUAACUUAAAAUCCCAACAAUUUAUGUUCUCUUUCCAUGAGUUGUUUAAACACGAAUGUGCGCUAUAAAUAUACUGGCUCUGCCCCUUGGUACCAGCUUAAAUGCAAAUUAGGCGGUGGUAAUAUCACACGGUGGCGAAGUGAAUCAUUUCGAAUUUCAAAUUUACUGCCACAAAUGAAGAAGGUUCGGAUUAGAGGAAAUAGAUGCAAACCUCAACAAAUUCUUUCAUCGUGAUGAAAACGUAGAAACUUAUCAGAGCUUUUGAGAAAUCUGCCGGCUGUUUACUCGCUUUGGAUCGGUGGCCGCAGCUCAAGCUGCUUUGAAUAUAGAGGUCUGAAUGUCACGAAGGUUGAUCAACAAAUGACUCAGAGAUACCAAAGGCAUCUCUCCUUUUUACAGCGCGCCUUGGAGUUUAAGGUAUAACAGUUAGUACAGAGUUUCCAAACACAUCAAUCAAAUAAAUGCUUUGUUGGUUUGUUCAUUAUGCUUCAUACAGUCACGCCUCACCUGCCGACCUUAUCGCCUCAAGAAGUUUUGUGGCUGUUGUUAACCCUGUAACUCCCAAGAUCUGAUUGUUAAUUCUCCCCUCUAGCUGCUACACAUUUCCUUGUAAAUUAGUGACAAGAAUUUGGUGUAAGAUGAUGAUAAUAACUACUAUUUGAUAACUUUGAGUGUUCUCAUCACCUGUUCGCUGGGUGAUGUACGGAUAUUAUAGGGAGAAGUUACAUGUUGAUCACUUCUGGGAGCUAAAGGGUUAAGUCGUGUGGUUUUUAUCUCGAUUACGUACCAAUUCUCGUAACUAAUUUACAAGGAAUUGCAAUGUAGUCAGAGAGGAGAAUUGAACAUCAAAUCUCAGGCUUAUUCUUUAGGUUAUCAAAAUCAUAGAGUUUCUGUUCGUGGGUAUAAAUGUGUUUUGGAUCCGACUCAUAGUCGUUUCAGCCCAAAGGUUAAAAUGAGCUCUGAGUUGUGUCCAGUGCAUAUUUAUGCCCGCGAACGUAAACUAUCUCACUAUUAUCACCUUGGAGGGCAUUGAGAUAAUAAAAACUGAAACCAGGAAACAUUCUGAACAAUCACGUAAGCGUUUUUAGCUUGUCAAUAUCCCCAUUUCAGCCCGCAAAGAUGCGCCAAAAUACCUUACAAAGUGUCUUUUUUUUAACUUAAUUUCCCUUUUUCAACUACAGGACAGAGCAAGUGUACAGGUUCUUUCAACAGUGGUGCCCCAACAUCCACAAUGCAACAGAUGAAGAAAGCGAAGAUGACGAAGCAACUUCGCCAAACUGCAUGGCAACGGAGGAAGAGGUAGAUUAAUAUGGUGCAUUCGAUGUUUCAAUUCAGUACGUUAACUACAGCCCUGAAAGUACGUAGGAGAUGGCAGUGUCAUUAAGUGGCUAAAGAGUUCAAAGUUUAUGCAGCGAUCGAAGGUGCAAACCCGUCUUUGAAGAGGAAUAAUUGAAGCAGUUUGUCCUGCCUAAUAGUAGCUUGAGCACCCAACAGUAAUCUGAGAGCAAAUAAUGAGUUCGACUUCAUUACACUGAUCCAGAAUAUUCUCUCGCCGCGCUAGUCACUGUGGUGUGUGAUUGGUCUUUAAACUCGGGCCGCCGUCUCAACCAAUCAGAUUACAAAACUUAAAACCAAUUGCGAUUUAAUCACUAUCAUUGCGCUCUGGGCAAUUUUUUUGUGUCAUCUUUGAGUUGUUAUUGACUCCUAGAAAUAUAAUUUUUGUCCCGUGCUAUAUCCAUGUACCAUUCAAAUGGAUUUGUCUGUUUUAAUCGACCUUACCCGUCUAGGAAUUGAGAUUAAGCUUAUACUUGACUUCUGGCACAGCACGGGGGAAGACGGUUGCUAAUUUGUUAAUGACUCUCUUUUUGCAGGGGUUACAUUUAGUGGAAUCGUUUUAUUCUAAUAGUCCGCCUGUUCGUUCACAUGGUAAAGUAAGUAAGACGUGGUAUUUUUUUCUCCUUCGUGUGCUCAUCCAUUCACUCUUUCGUAUCUUAUUUUUUCAGUUCAUUUGUUUGGCUGUUCGUUCUUUCGUCCCUUCUUCCCUUCGUCCCUUCGUCCCUUCGUCCCUUCGUCUCUUCUUCUCUUCGUUCCUUCGUUCCUUCGUUCUUUCGCUCUUCCUUUCCUGCGUCCUUUGUCCCUUCGUGUUUGUUUCUUUCAUUUCAUUUACUCGCACGUUCUUUUCAUAUCGUCACUCUAUUUCUCCCAUCCCUCUCUUUUCUUUGUUUCGUUUUCUUCGAGCGUUCCUUGCUUUGCUCGUCCUUUUUUGCUUUGUUCGCGCAAAAAACUGUAGAUGUCAGAUGUACAUUUAUAUUGAGCUUUGUUUCCUGUGGGGAUCAAAAACUUCUAAGAGUAACCGGUGACAGUGAUCAGAUGUAAGAAAGGUUUUUGUUCGUUCCUUCUUUCGUCGUUUCGUUGCUUGCUUACCUAGUUGGUUGGUCAGCCGUUCAUUCGUCCAAUGGAUCUUUCUAGUCGCCGUAGUCCAAAUAAGUGCUAUUGUUAACGGAUUAUUUGUUGUCAACAGUUGUCAAGAGCACUCAGCGACAGCGAAGUUCCCAAAGUUAAGAAAGGUCUUCGAAGAUUUGCAGCCAAACCUGGAAAAGCUGCAAAAGUGAAGUCAAGGUAGAGAUGUACUCUAAGUCUUCACUGUUUAAUUCUAGCUUUCAGCCAUAGUCUUAAGAUAGCUUUCACUUGUCCCUGGCUUAAAGCUACAGCAGUAACACAGCGGUAAAACGUAAAGCAUGCGCAAGGGGAUAAGUUCUGGCCAGCCGCGGGCCAAUUUCCCGCGCAAAAUUUUAAAGGAAAAUAUUUCUAACAACAACUAAAUCUCGAUUUUUCGUGCACGAAGCUUAUUUAAUUAAAGGUUUCCUGCUGAUUUGCCAUUUUGUUUUAGGCUUUACCAAAAGAGUUCUACGGUUUUCAAACGUAACUUAAUUGCUUGAGUGGUUGUUCAUAAGACAAUCUAAUUUUGCUACCUUGUAGGGUCGUGGGCAGAUUACCUGUGCUUCGUAAGAUUCAGUUUCAUUGAUAGUGGUCUCAUUUUUCCCUAGUCCCAAAUCACCUGCUUCCUUCCUCAUUGAGGACGUGUUACCGGAUAUGGACUGCAAAUCAGAAAUGCUUAACGAGGAGCAUUUGAGAAAAGUAAGAUUCUUUGUCUGAUUGUUUGCCUUCGUUAGUUCGUUACACUUGUGUUUGUUUUCUGUCUUUGUGUUAUGUGUACUAUACUCUCUUGAGCCAACGCUGCUCACCGUUCCACAAAGUUUCCUUAAAAAAAACUGCGAUCUUCUUUGGCCAAUUGCAGUUUCAAACCAAUCGCACCCGUGCGAAGAUAUUUGGUGGUGUGAUAGUUUCCAAAUUCAAACAUGUAGAAGAUACCGCGUUCUAUUGAAAAAACUCAGUGUAUUUUGACAUUGCUCUUUUAAAUUGCCUAGUUGAACAGCACACUUCCCUCGAGGACCAUUGGGCAUUGCUGGGCGUUAGUGUACAGUACGUUUCAACAUGGCUUCUCCCUCAAGACGCUGUACCGUAAGAUGGAGUGUUACGACACACCAGUGCUACUUGUGGUUAUGGACGAUGCGCAGCAUGUAAGUGGCUCCUCGCUUCCUGAUAGCUAUGGGGCCAGUAGAACCUUCCACUUGAGUAAGAGGGACAAAGGUUCCAUGCUUAUCGAGUUAGCUCCACGUUAAAUUUCUUUCAACAUGGCUAUUUGGCGACGUAAAAUCAUGUAGGGUCGUUAGAAAUGAAAUUCAGUCGCUAGGCAAAGUCUCGAAUAGAGAUUUUGUGUAGCAUUACAACGUGUUUUGAGGUUAUGUUUUUUUAACUUUAUGCCAAAAACACUAACCCGUUGACCCGUAAGAGUGACUAGCAUCUAAUUUCUCCUUAUCAUAUCAUCCCUGAAUCACAUUAAGGUCACGAGAGUGAAGGAAGUGAUGACCAGCUGCAGAAGUUCUUGAUUGUUAAAUAAAUUCUCCCAGUCAACACCUUAGGAAAUGUAUGAAGAACAGUAUGGAGAAUAUGCACAUUGAUGUCAAGAUGUUUAGAAUUCAAGUUUGCUCUUAUAUUUUUUCGGUUUGUUCUUAAAUCGCAACAAGACUAACUUCAGCUUCCUUUGUUCCGCUACGGGGCGUGCGAAAAAUACAUGUAUGCAAACGUUCUUUUUCGUUUUAUUAACACUAUUUUUAUUUCUUUUAGAUUUUCGGUUCGCUAUGCUCUUGUCCAUUCAAAGUUAGUGAAGGAUUUUAUGGCACAGGGGAGUCUUUCUUGUAUAAGUUUGAAAAUAAUUCUCUGAAGGUUAGUUCAUUACUCUUGUCAACUGUUCAGCCGGUGAAUAUUUGUACUGAAACUAAACGAGCUCUUUCUCGAAUUACUACAGCGAUCUGAAGUACUCCUUUCGUAUGACCUCGAGGUCUUUCUAAAGUGGCCUGUUCCAGGCGUUUAGUUAGUAAAACGAAGCGUGGUAGGGAAUGGUGUUAUAGUAGGGGAGGAGUGGAAAACGAGAGAGGCUUGGGUCCGGGCGCGACCCGGCCCAAGCUUCCCUCGUUCUUCUCUCCGUUUUAACCCUUUAACCCUUAAGAAUGACUGGUAACUAAUUUCUCCCUACAAGAUCCCCCCCUGAAUAGAACAUUAAGGUCAUGAGAAUAAAGGAAAACGAUCAUCAACUAAGGAAGCUCUUGAUCUCUGAACAAAUUCUCCUUUCAGAACCUUAACAAAUGUACAUAGAAAGUAUGGAGAAUAUGCAUGCUGAUGUUAUGUAAAGGGUUAAUAACUUAAAGCCUGGAACAGGCUACUCCUCAAGCGACUCUCUUGGCUUUGUUGACUUUAAGGAAAUCUCGAGUGGAUCCCGAAUUAAUGAUCAAAUUGCAUUCCCGACAAUAGAUCGUACAGAAUUAUGAUCAAAUACUAAAAACUACGUAAGGUCAAAAAACAAUGGAUCAAUAUUAGUAUCUGGGCAACUGCCUACCUACCCCUCCCCUAACCCAACAUUAACCCUAACUUGUUAUUAAUAGACUGUUGUUGGGUUAGGGGAGGGGUAGGUGGGCAGUUGCCCAGAUAUUGAUAUUGAUUCAAAAGUUAUUAAUCGUUGACGGCGUAGUCUGAGGCAGUGAGUUGUUUUUAGCUUCCUGGUGGCCCUCUUGGUAGCCCUUUUUUUGCUUCUGUUCGUUAGUCAAUCGUCAUUUACAGUCUAGUGGCGAUGUAUUGAGCAAGCGCGCUAAUCGCGCUCUACACCAUUUCAUUUGCCUUCUUGACAUUCGCGCGCCACUCCCUCUUUGUUGCAGAUAUUUGCCUGGACUGGGGAAAACAACUUUUUCAUCAAAGGGUCAAAGGAUAGUUUGGCCAUCGGCAGUGGAGGGUAAGACCAUAAACGACGCAAAUUAGAAUCUUGGAUCAAAGAGCACCGCCCGUGAACAAGCGUCGUGUUGCUUAUUGAGCCUUUGUCCCCUAGGAGUGACUAGCAUCUAAAUUCUCCUUACAUUACCAGCCCAAAAUUACACAUUAAGGUCAUGAGAAUUAAGGAAAUGAUCACCCACUGAAGAGGGUUAGGAUUGUUAAUCAAAUUCUCCAUGUCAGCACCUUAGGAAAUGUAUAGAGAACAGUAUGGAGAAUAUGCAUACUGAUGUUAGGGUGCAAAGGCACAUAAAUUUGGUUCUUUUCAUUAUCACAAUAGCUUUCGUGGUGGAGUCUUCGAAAAACAAUUUUUGUGGGAGCCUUGGGAUCUCUUGAGAGGUGCUCUAAUUAGGCCAAUUGCGUUGUUCUGAUAUGUUAUCUGCUUUCUGCAGUGGAAACUUUGGUCUGUGGUUAGACGGAGACCUCUAUCACGGUCGCAGUCAUCCCUGCACGACAUUCAACAACGCGCAGCUUUCCUGGAAAGAAGACUUCCUCUGUAGUGGACUGGAGGCCUGGACGUUCGUGUGAUUUCCCACCCGUUCUCCUUCAUGCAGCACCAACCCACUCUUGUCUUCCAGGGCCUUUAUGGAAUUGUGGGAAUCAGUGAUGUGGCUUAUCAAACCCUCAUUGCAACCUUUAUUAACCCUUUAACUCCCAUGAGUGACCAAAACAUAAUUUCUCAUCACAAUAUCAAAAUAAUAUCAAGCAGACAGGUGAUGAGAAUACAGAAAAAUAUCAAUUAGAGGAUUACACGAACAAGUUGAUUAAAUACCACAUUCUCCAAACCACCAUCAUAGAGAUUGUAUAGUAGACAGUCAGGAGAUUUUCUAAUGAGAGCGUGGGAGUGAAAGGGUUAACGUAGAUUUAAGAUCUGCAGAUGUGAAUGCGAAACAUGAUUAAUGCACUGAAUGCUAUUCAUGCGCAAAACACCAACUUGCUGGGGGCAGGCUCGUUGCGAACAAUACGGCG